AUGUCGCCACAAGACAAAUCAACACCCUCUCGCCACUUUGCCAGACCCCGACGAGCUUCUCCUAAGCCUUCUUCAAACAUGCUUGAAGGCUGCAGCAUCUAUCUAUCUCUGACAUGGGCGUCAAACUUCUCUCAACUUCGCUCGCCACUUGGGUCGACGGGCACCUCCAAAUUCGCAACAUGCAUGACGAGCAAAUGCUUACAAGUUUCUUCUACAGGUGACUCAAAGAAGGGUGCCAACCUCUUCAAGACCAGAUGUGCUCAAUGCCACACUCUCGCUGAGGGCGAGCCAAACAAGAUCGGACCUAACCUUCACGCUCUUUUCGGACGUCAAACUGGUUCCGUUGAAGGCUACUCAUAUACCGAUGCCAACAAGCAAAAGGCUAUUACCUGGGGCGAGGACACACUUGUUGAAUAUCUUGAGAACCCAAAGAAAUAUAUUCCAGGAACCAAGAUGGCUUUCGGUGGAUUAAAGAAGGAAAAGGACAGGAAUGAUUUAGUCCAGUACUUGAAGGAGGCUACCGCAUAG